UGCGUCGAAUAAGUAAGCCGAUUAAUUUAUAACGUUCGUUUCCGGCAGGAGUCUGAUGGUGUCCUCCUGUCGGGACUUGGUGUACGAGUACAGUUCGAGCGAAGAGUCGGAGGGCUCGCGGAAGCCGUGUCGACCCUCGGUGGGGCGGUGUCUCAGCGCCGCCACGUCGGAGACCACCCUGCCCCCCGCACGACGGUCCGCCAGCCCGUCGCCGCCUGGCGGCGGUGUCUUAAGCUCCAGUAGCAACAUCUACCGACAGAGAGCAGCAGGGGUAUCGCGACGCUCGGCCGCUCCGUGCCUGAGCAGGCAGAAGCGGGCUUCGGUGCCCAGCCUCGUGGCUCCCCGCAAACAGCUGGAGAAGGAGUUUGGGGGCGGCAGCAGCACCGGCAGCUCUUCGCUCUCAAACCUAACAUCUACGCUCACCAGAGAGGGCCAGCUGCUGCCGGCGCUGCUGACGGGCCUGCAGCGGGCCUCUGUAGGUCUGAGGCAGACCUCGGCCCGUGUCACGGACCUGGAAGGCCGGCUGGGCGGCACCGAGAGGAACAUGACAGCCGCCAGAGCCGACAUGGCCAGGAUACAGGACAAUGUAACGUCCCUGCAGAUCAUCGUGGCAACAACUAGUGGCAAGAUGGCUGCUUUCGCCGAAAUGUUCCAAACAGUGGAUGAACAACUUCAGAAUAUGUGGAUGGAGAUGGAAGCCGUCAACGCCAACGUGCACCACGUGAUGCACAAGACGCUGGAGCACCAGCGCCAGAACGAGAAGCUGUUCGGCCAGCUGGAGGCGCUGCGGGACCAGCUGCUGGAGCGGCGGCAGGGACGGGACGCUCCCGGCUCCGCUGUCACCAGGGGACGCCACCGUCCGCAGCCGCCCGAGGGCGUCCAGACGGAGGGGACAAUGGGACCGGCGGCGGCGGCGGCCGGCGCCCGGGCCGUUGGAGUGGAGAGCACGUGCGAUCUCAGCGCCGUCGAUGACCUCCUGUCCAACACGCUGGUCAUAUGACGAGCGGGGCGUGACCUCAGGAGGCUGGCGGUGCAGCCAGGGACCCAGCGCAGCCGCGGUACUGAUCACAGACUGGCAGCAGCGAGGCCGGCCGGUGCCAAUGCAUUUCCGCAGCCACGUUCCAAUAAUGUUAAUAGCGCGUAGUCACUUGUGGUGGGGCCAGUGUGAAGUUGUUUUGCGUUCCACCUGAGACAUUACCAAGGUUACAUUUAACUGGAAGUCGUUGCAGCCACCUGCUGAAACGAUGUGCAUGCUUUCCAGCGAGUAAUUGGUC